GUCUAAUGUUGGAUUUUCUUUCCUUUAUUACUGGCAAAUAUAGCUCAUUGACGUUUGUUAUUGUCUCACACACCGAUCGAGGAUUCUCCAAGCGUGUCCGUGGGAGCGUUAACGUCUGAGAGACUCGCAAGGUUAAUGUUAUCUAGUUAGCUUAGCUAACAUAGGGCUAGGCUAACAUUAGGCUAACAUAAGAACUAGUAUUUUCUAAUGUUAGAUUCCCCCCACCCACCCCCUUGAUUACUGGCAAAAUAUAGCUCCUAGAUGCAUUUCUCGGUUAACCAGCGUGUAUUACUGAGCUGCACAUGAAGCAAAGAGGGAAUUGCUGAGCUCAGAAACAUUCAUAACCAAAUAGUGCAGCGGAGCUAACAACCGGCAGAAACAAGGCGUGCCCGGCCGUUGCCGUGGCUUUGUCUCCAGCUGAAAGACGCUGCUCAGUCUGACAGCUCUCAGCGUAGCGUCUUUUCUCUGUGACUUGACGGUUUAGAGAGUUUCACACUGAGCUGGCAACCAUGGCACACCAAUCAAUGGAAAUCAUAGCAAAGGUUUUGGAGCAGUCGGCCAAGCUGGUGGAGGAGCAGGUGGAUGCACAGCUGACCAAACUGAACGAGAUGGAUGAAGAUGAUUUGGAAAGACUGAAGGAGCGGCGAUUAGAGGCACUUAAAAAAGCCCAGAAACAGAAGCAGGAGUGGUUGUCUAAAGGCCAUGGAGAGUACAGAGAAAUCCCAAGUGAGAAAGAUUUUUUCAGCGAGGUCAAGGAUAGCAAAAAUGUUGUCUGCCACUUCUACAGAAACUCCACCCUCAGAUGUAAGAUCCUCGAUAAACAUUUGGCCAUCUUGGCAAAGAAGCAUGUUGAGACCAAAUUCAUCAAACUGAAUGCAGAAAAGGCCCCAUUUCUGACGGAGAGGCUGCGGAUCAAGGUUAUUCCUACAAUGGCUUUGCUGGCAGAUGGAAAGACUAAGGACUAUGUGGUUGGAUUCACUGACCUGGGGAACACGGACGAGUUUCCCACAGAGAUGCUUGAAUGGAGACUUGGCUGUGCAGAUGUUAUUAACUACAGUGGUAACCUGAGGGAGCCCCCCACAGUGACGCAGAGAUCGGGCACAAAGUUUACAAAAGUGGAGAAGAAAACCAUCAGAGGGCGAGAUUACGACUCAGAUUCAGACUCUGGAGAUGACUGAAAAGCAUUGACAGUCGCCUGGUUUUCUCUCUCAGGGCUACCUCAUUAAAAAAAAAAAAAAAAAAAAGUCAGGCAGACAGCCCGUUUUAAUUUUUCUUCUCCCGUUCUCUCAGUAUCUUACCUAUUCAUUACAAAUUUCCAGAUUUUAAUUUUCCAGAUUUUAAAUCAAAUUACUUUCUAACGUAUUUAGCAUUUUUGUUUCAGCCUUAUUUAAUGAAGUAUGUGCCAUGUUUUAUAUUUGAAUAACUACAUAAUGGCAUACAUGCACUUCAAGAGAGGCUUUACAUAUCCAAUUGUGGAGGAUAUGUUUCACUGCUUCAGUCAUCUAUCAGCUAGCUCUUAGCUUUAUUGUAUUGCUGUUGAUUUUGUCUCUUUAUUGGCUAAAACCUUAAAACGUUUGUCUAGAACAGGGGUGCGAACUCAUCAGGGAUGAAAGAGUUGACAAAAAUGCAAACCCCUUGUCUGGGUGUCAAGUUUACAUCCCUGCUUGGAUUACAGGCGUGCUCAUUUAGGUAGUUCUGUUUAUUUAAUGUGUUUCCUUGUAGCUGUGAGAAUCUGAUGUUAGAACAGAAACCAUGAUGCAUGUGAGUGCCAAGAUCAACUUUUCAAAUUACAUUUUCACAGACGACAUUUCCUCGUAGCAAGAGUGUGACUUAACUAAUGCAGACUUAAUAAAAAGUAUAAAAGGAAUUUAAA